AUGGCCAACAUCAACGCAACCGUGGUGUCCGAGAAGUACACCGCCGCAGAGGCGUUCUUCGAAGCAUUAUGGGACGCAGGCAUGGUUGCUAUGUCAAUGGCCGAUGGAUUCGCUCGCGUUACCGGAAAGCCGCAGGUCGUCAUAGUUCACGUCGAUGUCGGCACCCAAGCACUAGGUUGUGCGGUGCAUAACGCAUCCGUUGGCCGAGUACCUCUCUUAAUCUUUGCUGGCCUAUCUCCCUUCACUAUCGAAGGUGAACUGAAUGGGUCUCGCAGUGAGUAUAUUCAGUGGCUACAGGACGUCCACAAUCAGAGGGCGAUUGUCGAACAAUAUUGCAAGUACACCGGCGAGGUCCGGUCUGGCCUUCAUAUCAAGCAACUGAUCAAUCGAGCUCUCAGCUUCGCUACGAGUGACCCGAAAGGCCCUGUUUACUUGUGUGCAGUCAGGGAAGUCCUCGACGCUAAGAUACAGCCGUAUUCCAUCGAUCAGAAACAUUGGUCUUCGGUGGAACCAACUGCACUCAGCUUGGGAGCAGUCGAGUUAAUUGCCAACUCCCUUGUUCAUGCCAGAGAGCCUCUUAUUGUCACUGGAUAUAGCGGCAGAGACACUCGUGUUCCGGAUGAGCUCGUAAAGCUUGUCACGGCUGUUCCAGGGCUACGAGUCUUUGACGCAGGAGUGACGAACCACGUCAACUGGCUCGGCUGUGGUUACGCCGGAGACGAUAGCAUCAGGACUGCCGAUGUCAUUCUCGUCCUCGACUGCGAUGUUCCAUGGAUCCCGACUAGAUGCAAGCCCAGAACGGAUGCCCAUGUCAUUCACGUCGAUGUCGAUCCCCUGAAACACAACAUGCCAGUUUUUUACAUCAACGCUCAGCAUCGAUACCAGGCAAACGCAUUCGUGGCCGUCACUCAGAUCAAGGACUACAUUGCUUCCAAUGAUGAAAUACAGUCCAUCGUGACAUCGCCUCUCUACACCAUGCGCCUGUUGGGCUUACAAGAAGCCCACGCCAACCGCAUGACAAGGAUCGCUGAUGAGGCAAAGCCUUCACCUGAAGGCUUUUUCGGCACCCCGAAUUUGAUGGACCAGCUCCGAAAAGCCGUUCCCAAGGACACAAUCUUCGUCGUCGAAGCAAUCACCAACACGCAGUCUGUCGCAGAGCAGCUUCGAUUGACGGCUCCUGGCUCCUGGUUCAAUAGUGGCGGAGGCGGUCUUGGUUGGAGUGGAGGAGCGGCUCUCGGGGUGAAAUUGGCCUCAGACUUUACGGGAUCUAGGAAGUUUGUCUGUCAGAUCGUAGGCGACGGUUCCUAUAUGUUCUCCUUUCCGGCAUCCGUCUACUGGAUCGCACAGCGCUACAAGAUCCCGAUUCUCACAAUCGUCUUGAACAACAAUGGUUGGAACGCCCCGAGGAAUUCCCUGCUCUACAUCAGACCAGAAGCUUCAGCUCUCAAGGUUUCUAGAGAAGAACUUCACAUCAGUUUCUCGCCAACGCCGGACUACGCGGGGAUCGCUGCCGCAGCUGGACGUGGAGAGGUCGGGUGCUUCAGAUCUUUCAAAGCUGAUGAUCUAGCGGACACGUUGCGCAAAGCUGUUCAGUGUGUUUUAGACGGAUACAGUGCUGUGUUUGAGGCACACUUAGACGGUCCAGAGGGCAAACACAUGGGAUAG